UCUACAAAUGACAAGGUGCAGGAAUCUGUCGCUAUUCUAUUUUCUGAGAGCUGCAGCUCAUCACAGUGCGUGCAACCUUUCCAAUUUCUCAAAAGGGCCCUGUGCAACGUGAUAUCCCAUCUCUCAUUCCAGACUGCCAAAGCAUUUUACUCACUUGAGAGUCUGGACAGCACUAUGCAACCUGAACCCAGCUGGUUACACAGCCACAUACUUUUUCUCCAGUGGACAGUUGGUAUUUAAUUGACAAUGCUGAUCUUGUGAGACCCGUGGUAUAAUAUAAGGCCCUGCAUUCAGAGCUCAGUUACAUUUCUUCUCUUUAUUUUAUGAUGAUGUCAGCAAGAAUGAAGAACUGCGUCUUCAGCUACCUGUUGAAGUGCCUCAGCUUUUCUGUGCUGUUUCGAGUUGCAGAUUCAGCACAAGGGAAAUAUGCACAGAUGCUGUUUCACGAUUUACUCCAGGACUACUCGAAUGCUUUGAGGCCAGUGGAGGACACAGACAAGGCCUUAAAUGUCACCCUGCAAAUCACCCUCUCGCAGAUUAAAGACAUGGAUGAAAGGAAUCAGAUCUUGACCGCGUACCUGUGGAUCAGGCAGACCUGGUAUGAUGCCUAUCUCAAAUGGGACAAGGAUGACUAUGAUGGCCUUGACAGUAUCCGGCUCCCUAGCAAUCUGGUAUGGAGACCUGACAUUGUCCUGUACAAUAAGGCAGAUGAUGAGUACUCGGGACCAGUAGACACCAAUGUUGUUUUGAGGUACGAUGGUCAAAUAACUUGGGAUUCCCCAGCGAUAACAAAGAGCUCCUGUGUUGUAGACGUGUCCUACUUCCCGUUUGACAAUCAGCAGUGCAACCUUACCUUUGGCUCCUGGACCUACAAUGGCAAUCAGAUCGAUAUUGACAUGGGAAUGGACAGCGGGGAUCUGUCGGACUUUGUGGAGAAUGUGGAGUGGGAAUGCCACGGCAUGCCUGCCGCUAAGAACGUCAUCAUGUAUGGCUGCUGCUCAGACCCUUACCCUGACAUCACUUACACUCUGCUUCUCAAGCGGAGGUCGUCGUUUUACAUUUUCAACCUCCUGAUUCCCUGUGUGAUGAUAUCUUUCCUGGCCCCUCUGGGGUUUUACCUGCCUGCAGACUCAGGAGAGAAGGUUUCCCUGGGAGUGACCGUCCUCCUCGCCCUCACUGUGUUUCAGCUGAUGGUUGCUGAGAGCAUGCCGCCUUCUGAGAGUGUACCCUUAAUAGGUAAAUAUUACAUAGCGACGAUGACAAUGAUUACAGCAUCCACUGCACUGACUAUUUUUAUUAUGAAUAUCCACCACUGUGGAGCAGAAGCAAAACCGGUACCGGAUUGGGCAAAAGUGUUCAUACUGGACUACAUGUCCAAGAUAUUCUUCGUCUACGAAGUAGGUGAGAACUGCACAACGUCUCAAAAGGAAAAAGAGAAAGAGGCCAAGCUGCAGAUGAAGGAAAAUGCCAGUGCAAAAGUACAAGGUGAAGCAUCCAUGUCUCAUAACAAGUACAAUGUAUCUGCUGCGGACAAACCCAACGGCCACCCAAACGCGGAUCUGAAAGAGGAACAUUCCCCUGAGAACAUUAACCUGUACAUGUGCACCUGCGCCCAUCACAAUAAAAUUACAAAGAACAUUGAAUAUAUCGCCAACUGCUUUAGGGAGCAGAAAGCCACCUGUGCAAAAGGAGCCGAGUGGAAGAAAGUGGCCAAAGUUAUGGACAGAUUCUUCAUGUGGGUUUUCUUUAUCAUGGUGUUCCUCAUGAGCAUUUCCAUUAUACGAUAGGCAGCCUGAUAGUAGAGAACGUUCUGCCGCAUGCAUGCCACUAGUGCAGCCGUGGGACAGUGCUUGUACACAUGGCAGUCAUUACCCAUACGGUUUAUACAUUGUUAUUUUUCAAUAUGAAUAAUCCAACACACAACCUUUGAGAGAGGUCUAUUUUAGUGAUCUAAACUGCCGUCCCCGUAAACUCCACAUUAAUCAUAUUGGGAGUUAACUUCAGAUAGUGAAAAUACAAGGAAAUGUUCUGUGAAAGAUAAGGCUUAUACAUUUUAGGGCAGCAUUCAGUUCAUAAAAAGACACUCCCUUUAUUAUACCAUGUUCUUGAACAGUAUCUCUUUUCUGAAUAACACUGAAAACAAGGAAGUAGUGCUGGUAUUUUUAAAAAUAUAUAUAAAUUAUUACAAUAUACAGGUACUGUCAGCACUUGUUUACCUGACCCCUCCCAUCACAGGUUACAAUAUAGUCAGCACUCAACUGACCCCUCCCAUCACAGGUUACAAUAUAGUCAGCACUCGUUUAUCCAACCCCUCCCAUCAAAGGUUCCCCUAAUGGAUAAACGAGAGUGAUGGUUUCAAAAUGGUCCAGUGAAUUUUUAAUGAGCAACUUAGUUUCCUCAGGGUUGCAGCUGGAAGUCAAUCCUCAUCGAUGGAAAUUCACAUAAAUAAUACAUUUGAAUGUAUUAUGUAUGUGGAUCUGUGCUUCACAAUAGAUAAUCUUGAAGCUGGAUGACAAACAGUUUGGAGGAACAUUUUGGUAAUCAGUUUCCACUGGGCUUGAAUAAUAAUAUGUAUUUGAUAAACUGGACCUGAGAUAAGCAGGGUGAUUUGUUACCAUUAGGUCAUUGCAGAAUCUUAAGGCCAUAUUUAUUCAUCUGUUAUCACCAUGGAGUUCUUGCUAUAAUCAGACUAAACACAAAGUUAAGGAGAGAUUUUUUAAAAAAAUUUUAUAGACAGUAUAAAAAACCCUUAAUAUAUGAAAACUAAAACAACUCAAAUCAGACUGCAUAAAAUAUAGAGAUUAACAGAAUACGAUAAACUGUCAUAAUAUUGCAUAAUACAUAACAAACCAGUAGUCCAUAAAAAAAAUCCUAAAUCCUAAAUGUUACAUUCAAUAGUCAUAAAUCCUACACUGUAAUGACACAGUUAUGUCGACCUUUCCAACAUAUUUUUCAGGAUUGUCAGUGCCUUUGAACUGUAGGUUUGAUAUUCUCAGUUCUAAAACAGGUAAAGCAAGCAAGAGACAGGGACUCCUUUUAUAUUUUAUUAUACCAAACGUCAUUGGGUAAACUGUGCCUAUUUGUAACUGUAAUUGUAACUGGUUUAUUUUUUCCAAAGUAAUCUUUCUGUAACCAGUUAGACAUUUGUUCAAGUAAUGGAUUACUUUUUAAAAGUAACUUCCCCAACACUGACUUCAGCCCACCAGUUACUCUGCAAACGUUGUGUAGUAUAUAGUACACUGCACAAUAACCAGCCCCCAGCAGCAAUUACACGUACAAAGCCUAAAUUAAUGACACAUACAUAAAAUGGGGUUAACAGUUCAGUAUGUUCCGCAGGAAGACCUCUCACUGUCAAAGCCCUUUGGUAUAAGUAAGAAUCACAGGAUAUCUGAUCAGCAACAGAAGAAACCCUGCAACUGGGGCUGAAAGAGGCUUCAGUGAGCUCCAUCUGUCUCCAUUUCAUUUCAGUUUGAUCAUUAUUGUCUUAUUUCAGAAAAGGCUUCUGGAGAAGUGUGUUAGCACUCAAUCUAUAAUAUAGCAUCAAGUCUGUGUGGUAAUUAAAAAAAAAAAGCAAGGGAAGUAAUUUAUUUGAAAUGAUGCUUCCAGUUUCAGGUAUUGUACGUUUUAUUACUUUCAUGUAAUUGUAUACAUAUUUAAACAUACGCAAUCUAUAGAAGAUCAUGUCAUGAACAAUUCCACGAGAAUCCAAUUUCUAACAAUAAAAGUUCUACUAAUACUGUAGUACCAGUGCACUGCACAAUGCAAUUUCAAGAUAAUAUCGUUACAUUAAACUUUCUCUUUCUUCAGAGAUCAGUACCACCAAUAUGCUUGUAGAUAACUUCAGUGCAAGGGACAUAUUUAUGUUGAUUAACGCUUAGCAGAAACAGUUACUUUCCUAUCAAUAUUAACACAUGCUGUUAAUUAUAUUGGUAAUAGUAACCUGUUUAUUAAGUAAAUACAAUAGGUUAAUAGAAACAUAGAUUUAGACUUUUCAGCUUAUGGUUUUACUCAUGCCAUAUAAGCAACCUGCUUGCCAUUACAGUGUACAUCAUUUUAUGAACCAAAUGGGCAUGGAUCUUUUUACUUCUAGCAGCAAUCUGAGUCUCUAAUCAACAUGUGCAUAAGGCAUUAAAACCUUGGCAUUUAAACCUUAGAAAUGGGUAAUCUCACUUGUGCUUUACUUGCUGCUGACGUGUGUGAACAGAAUGUUGUUUUCAUUUUCUGCCUUCUAUUUUAUUGCUUGCUGGCAGUCUGCAAACACAAAAACAAGGUACACAAGAACAGCAUGCUGGGAUACAUGUCCC